AUGGACAGGGAAGUGGCAAUUCAGCCAAUGGUUCAACGCCACGAGGUUACGGUGAAAAUACCAACAACAACCAAGUUGGACAAGGACGUGGGGUUUCAACCAAUGGUAUACCCCACAGUAGUUGCGGACAGCACCAGCGACAAUGGCAACGACAACCAGGGCGGGUACGGAAGUGCCGCUUCCACCAAUUGUACAACGCCAGCAGGUUCCGAUGACAACGGUAACGACAACCAGGGUAAACAGCGAAAGGCGGUUCCGCCAAUGGUGCAAACCCAGCAGGUGUUGGCAACAAUGGCGACAACAGCCAGGAUGAGCAGAAAACUGGCGGUUCAACCAAUGGAAAAAUGCCAGCAGCUUCCGGUGAGAAUGGCAACGACACCGAGAACCAAAGUGGGCAGGAGUUUGCGUUUCAAAUAA